UCAAUUUUCUGUAGGCUCCUACUUUCAAUUUAGCGUGUUCUUUUUGCGAUUUCUAUGAAAGAACAAGUUUGGAUGGAAAAAGCGUUGAUCAAUUCCAAGAAAUAUUUGAAUUGGGUUUCAUCGGUGGCUUUUCAGUUUUUUCGCUAUAGAGAAUUAGUGAAAUGGAUAGCUUCUUUGUGUUUACUUUGCUAUUUCAACCACGCAUGUGUUAUUUUCAGUUUCUUCACUACAGAGGAACAUCGAAUGAGUCUGAACAUUACAAAUCGUCAUGUGUGUGGAUGUCGUUUGGCGGACACCCAUUUCCAUUUCUUGUGAAUUCAGCUCAUACAAAGCAUCAAGGGGAAAUUGAAAUUACUUAUUUGUUUAUUCAUUUUGGGUUUCUAAAAGUGGAAAUUGCUCAAGGUGCGGAAAAGGGGACAAUUCUUCCAUUAUAAGAGAAGAGCACAGCUUGAAUAAGAGAGAAUGGGAGAUGAAGUUAUUGGACUGGUAAUUCUAUUGGCUAUAAUGAAUUAUUCAAUUGUAGGGAAGUACAACAAUGACUAAAGAAUUAUGUUACUGAAAGCUGCAUUAGGAGUUCACAACCUUGAAUUUUGAAGAUGGUUUCCAGAAAAGACCAAUAUGGUGAUGAAUUGCAGAUAGAUAAUUAAAUGGGAGUUGACGUGAGCGAUGACUCAUGAAGAAUCAAUUUAGCCAUAUAUGACUGGCUUUACCACUUGCAAUCUUCAUUUGCUUGUGAAGGAAAUUGAAUCGUGUGUUACCAGUUGAUUAAGGUUGAAUUUGAACUUAGUAAAGCAGUCUUUGAAGCUCGGCGAAAAUGAAAGAAAUUGCAGGCUCUGUUGCUAGAAUGGAUGCUGAGAGUAGUAUUAAGAGGCGCCAUGACCCGGUAAAUAUGGAAACAAUGGGAGAUGAAGGUUCAAAAUCUACCAAAUGAAAAGAUGUCGUUGAUUCAUCGAUAUCUGAAGCAUCCCUACCAAGUAUUGAAAAGCGGAGAAAAGUUAUCGAUGGUUCUUCAGUUAGCAAGGGAAAAAAUGUUGUUGAAGAUGUUCCUUCAAAAGCAGGGGAGAGUAAGUUUUUUCUGAAAGAUCCUCCUACUCAUUCGGUGCACAUGAGUUGUUACAACAAUGUUGAAGUAUUUAAAGAUCUCAAGGACAAACUAACUGAUAAGCAGUACAAAAUAUUUGGGGAAACUUGCUUUGGUGUAUUCACCCGAAUGCAACACUGUGAUGUUCAAGCACAAAUGUUGAGGUGCUGCAUGGUGAGAGAACUUAUUGGAAGUACUCCUGAUGCUUUUUUGAUUGAUAUAAAUGGUAAUGAAUUGCUGUUUUCUAUUAGAGAAUUUGCAAUAAUAACUGGUUUGAAGUGUGUUGGUGAUGAAGAUGCUUUUAAAGUUAACCGCAAGGGUAAAAACAGGAUUUUGGAGAUAUAUUUUGGUGGUUCUAAGAAAAUGCCCUCAAAGGAAGAUUUGAUUGAAUGCUUCACAGAUAAAAAAUGGGGCCUCAAUGAUGCUGAUGCCGUUAAGAUUGCUGUCCUCUAUUUCAUUCAUACCUAUAUCUUGUCCAAUGAGAAGAAUGCAGUAAAAAUAUCAAGGCUACACUUUGAUUUGGUAGAGUCUGGAAGAUACGUGGAUUACCCAUGGGGUAAGAAAGCAUUCAAUGAGUUGAUUAAAAGUAUGACUCACAAGAUACUUCUGAGAAAAAGUUUUAUAGGCUCCAUGGAAUGCCACUUGCUAUGCAAGUUUGGCUUUAUGAGUGUUGUUCAUUUGUUGACGCCACUCUUGCAGUCAAGACGGGCAACAACAUUCCCGGAAUGCUGAAUUGGACGACCAUUGAAAGUCAACCAAGCUUUAAGGAACUGAUGGACGGCAUGUUUAAAGAAGAUAACACCUCGGAAAUGCGUAUUUUUGCCAACAUAGUCUCGACGGUCAAUGAGCUUACUUGUCUUCAAUUGCCCCCACUUGUCAAUGGUGUACCAGAAAGUACCACUGCCCCCGUCCUUGAUGAUGAUGAUUUUGCUUUUACACCACCCCAUAACGACACACAUCAAAAGGGAGUUGUUCAAUCAGAAUCUCCACCAUCUAAGAAACGUAGGUAGAUGUCUGUUGGGACUUCGUCAUCAAAGAAAGCAGAUCUGCAACCCGAAACAAUUUCAAUUUCCAACAUUGCUCCCCGUAGGAAGACGCCUAUUGUACCAACAAGAAAGUCGGCUUCUCCAAUUGGGAAUGAACAAGUGCAUGUAAAUACCCCAUCUGUCCAGUUCCCGACAUCUACCAAACAAGACGAGUUGUGUCUCAUGAGGCAAGAAAUUAAUGAAUUUAAGAAGUCGGUGAAGGAUGAGUUCAAUGAUUUGCACAAAUUGAUCAAUGACAACUUGACAACGAUUAUUCAAGCUAUUGAAGCAAUUAAAGGAAAUAAGGAUUCUGAAAAGGGUGCUGCCAGAGAAUCUACAUUUCAGCAACAUGAUAAUGGAAUACACAAUAAAUCACCGAUACAAAACGGGAGUUAUACGACUCAUUUUUCAACAGAGGGCCUAGUGGGAGAUGUUGGUGUGAACGAGGUUAAUUCUACUGGUGAUACAUUAAGGGAUUCAACACAGGAAAUUCAGGGACCAGGUGACAUUUUGGGAUAUUAUGUCGAACCAGAGCCGUUUGGAUCACAAAUCCCUAUCAAGACUGCUGAUGUUAUCGUUGUUACUCCUGCUGCCAUACCUAUCAACGAAGGAAGCAACAUGUUAGUUCAUGAUAAUAUUGUGCAAGGUGUAUCUUCUUCUUCAUUUUGUGCCGGUACAGAUCAUUCUAAUCAAGUGACACCGCACAAUGUUGUUGUUGAGUUUGAGGGUAUUCAUGUUGGUAAGGAACAAGAACAUGUGCCUCAGUAUGAGCUGGCGGAUGAAUUCCUUCCAACACAGAAUACUAUAACAAAAAUUGUCAUGACUUUGCGUAAAGAGAGGCGUCCUGGCCCUUUGCAAAUGUCUCCUUACAUGACAAAUUUUGGGUCAGCUUCGGGUAGUUCAGUUAAGUUGACAGAGAUAUUUGACAAAAAACACCCAUUUGAUCAUAAUUGCAUCACGGGGCGACAUGAUGCCAAGCUGUUCGGUGAAUUCUCAAAAUGGGUAAAAGAGGGGCUGCUUGUUAGGCAUGAUAGCAGAAAGAACAAAGAGGACCACUACAAAAAGGGUAAGGCAAAACUGCCAACAUCCAUGGACUGUGGUAUUAAGAAAAUCAGCGACAAAAGUUGGUUCUACCUUUUAUCAAUGAAGGGUCAGAUGUGGAAUGACGAGCAUCUUGAUGUCAUGUUUUACUACUUCCGGAAAAAAGUCAAAUAUGAUACAAAUAGCACAUACAAGUUUACCACUAUAGACUGUGUUUUUAAUACCAAAAUUGAUGCUAUUCACAAAGGCUAUCUUGACCCGGAUGGUGCCAUAAGUGUUGGGAAACAAGAAGAUGUUUUAUGUGAAUACGUUAAAGGCCACCGGUUGCAUUGCACUGUCCCGUGACAUUUGGUUGACUAUGUAUUCAUCCCAGUCAACAUUAAAGAAAAAAACCAUUGGUUGUUGGCAGUCCUUUCAUUCCUUGACAUACGUCUAUAUAUAUAUGACUCGUACCGAGCGGCUGGUCAUGAUGCAACUGUUAGAUCUGAAAUAGACAAACUUGCCAAUCUAUUGCCCUUGUAUUUACAUUUAACAGACUUCUACCAGUCCAAGCAGGGAGUUGAUUGGAAUUAUCACCCUGCGUACAAAGACAAAGCACCGGCUGACAAAUUUGACGUCGUGUUUGUUGACAAUUUGCCACAACAGAGGCCUGGAAGCAUGGAUUGUUGAAUGUAUGUUGCUGCAUAUGCGGAGUAUUUGAGUCAGGGAGAAGGUAUUCCAUAUGGAGACCUUGAUGCAGAAUUACUUCGUACGAGAUAUGGUGCUCUUUUGUGGGAUUACGCUAAAAGGAAGAUGGAAGCAAAUGCCGAAAGCGAUAAUGAGGCACCUCCGAAGCCAGUUAGACCAAAUAUAGAUUUUGAUCAAGUUGAAAAAAUUAUAGUUAAUUAGUUUGUAGUUGUGUGGUUCAAAAUCUGAUUAUGAUGUUUUUAGGGAAAAUACUAUCUUUAUGUUUUUGUAAGGAGUUUUGCUGUCAAAAUGGCAGUUGUUAGUAUGAAUUCACAAUAUACAGUUUAUUUUUUUGAUGAAUACAAUUAAGUGUUCUUAC